AUGGGGAAGCUGAGGCAAGCGGGCCCCCGCCCAGCAGACCUGAGUCCGGGAGGAAGGCGGCAGGCGGGGCCGGAGCCGCCCCGGUUUCCCUCACACACACACUCUCUCUCUCUCUCCUCGGGUCACGGGGAGCCCGGCUCUGGCCAGGAGGCCCUGGGGGGGAGGGGCGGGGCCGCUCCCCCGCGGGGUCUCCGGGCACAGGCCGCGCGGGCCGACGGCGCCCCCUCCCCUCUCCCUGCAGGCCUGAGUCCGGGGCUGCUGUGCCGGGUGUGCGGGGACAGCAGCAGCGGGAAGCACUACGGCAUCUACGCCUGCAACGGCUGCAGCGGUUUCAAGCGCAGCGUGAGGAGGAAGCUCAUCUACAGGUGAGAGGCCCGGCGGGCGCCCCCGGAUAAAGCUCCUUCCCGGCAAGGGUCCGCACGCAGAGCCGGCGUCACCGGCCGGGAUCCUGGGGGAGCGGGGAACGAGCGCCAGCCCCGCAGCACGGCUCAGGUCCGCCUGGACAGCAUCGAGCUGGACCCCGGCCUGAGGCCCGAGCACCCGGCCGCCUCCCGAGCCGGCCCCGCGCCCGCAGGCCCAGUGCUGGGCCUCCGGGGCCUGGCCCCGCCCCGCCGGCCGCGGUCUCGGCGCCCGGGCGCUGACGCCCCGGGAAACCACCGCUUCCUGGCCAGCCUGAUGACGGCGGAGACGUGCGCCAAGCUGGAGCCCGAGGACGUUGAUGAGAAUGUGGAUGUCACAAGCAAUGAGCCAGAACGCCCCUUGGCUGAUGACCAGCAAGCCUCAUACCCUUCUAGCAGCCCUGAGAGUAUCUAUGAGACAUCCGCUCGCCUGCUCUUCAUGGCUGUGAAGUGGGCGAAGAACCUCCCCGUAUUCUCUAACCUGCCCUUCAGAGACCAGGUUAUUUUGCUGGAGGAGGCCUGGAGUGAGCUGUUCCUUCUGUGUGCCAUCCAAUGGUCUUUGCCCCUGGAGAGCUGCCCACUGCUGUCUGUGCCAGACCCCACCCCUGGCAUUCAGGGAAAGCUCAUGAGCGCACCAAUCGAGACUCAGAUUCUCCAGGAAACCAUCGCUCGGUUUAAGUCACUCACAGUGGACCCCACCGAGUUUGCCUGCAUGAAGGCUCUCGUCCUCUUCAAACCAGAGACUCGGGGCCUGAAGGAUCCUGAGCAGGUGGAGAAUUUGCAGGACCAGUCUCAAGUGAUGCUGGGUCAGCACAACAAGAUGCAUUAUCCCAGCCAACCUGUGAGGUUUGGGAAACUCCUUUUGCUUCUACCCUCUCUGAGAUUUAUUUCUUCUGACCGCAUCGAGCUCCUCUUUUUUCGUAGAACCAUAGGAAACACACCCAUGGAAAAACUCCUUUGUGACAUGUUCAAAAACUGACAUAAUCAUGUUACUGCUUUUCCUCCUGCUGCACCGACGUGGACCAGUUGGGAAGCCAAUCUACAGGAAACCUUAGAUUCAGGACUUCUGCUUUCCAUUCCAACAAGGCAAAGGUUGAUCCAACUGAAUUCCCUUUCCAAUAUAAAUCCGCAUUACCAAAUCUUUGUUAAAAGCCAUCUGUGAGGUCCCAUGAAAAUAAGCAUUUUAUAAAUACACAGGAACAACCUUGUUUUACUAAAAUGAGCUGGAGUGAUGAUAAAGGGUGAUUUUUUUUUUUUUGUCUCUGAAGAGGAAGCAGUGCUUAAGAUCAAUCAAAAUAUUGUGAGAAAUCCAUUAAUGACAAUAGUGUUUAAUCAGACACCCCUUUCCAGGCCUGGCGAAUUUUGUAGAGGUGAUGGUCUGAAGAAAGAUGGUCUCACAACCUAUUAUGUUCUAAUGGGUUACGAAAGAAUAGAAAGGACUACCUGAAGAGGUACCCAGUGAAAUACUUGGUGGCUGGAUAUUUGAAUGAAGUAUAAUUGAAGAGUACAGAUUCACCUCUUUAAAUCCAAACAGCUUUACACUUGAUAUUCCAACUUAAUUCAACUUAUUCAGUCUCUCUAGUGGAACUAAUAACCUGUGCUAAACUCACUUUUUCAAUAUCUCAUCCCUAGUAUUAUAGUCCCCAUUGGAACUCUUAGAAAAUAACUUUUAGCAGAGCACAGCUUAAAUUUGGUGAGCUGGACACUUGCAAUAUAUGAGAGCUGUUUUGAAAAUAAGGCUUUAAUUCUAACAGAGAUUAAUAAACUAAUAAGUCAGACCUCAGAUUGCUGGCUGUGAUCUGCAGCAAUGAUAACUUGUGGACUGAAAAGCUUCAUUUGUGUCACCGAGGAGGAUAUUUAUCAGAACAUUGUCUCUCAGUGGGAUUAUAGAAGCUUAAUCCAAAGGUAUGAUUUUUCCUCCUCCAUAUACACUAUCAUUUAUUUUGGGUCCCUUUUUAGAGAUGGGCUUCCAAACCCGACCUCCCACCCAGGAAGGCUGGUGUAUUGUAGACUUGGUACCAUAAUAUGGUAAAUAAAGAGUAAACUUUUGGACAAAUUAUGUUUUGUAUUCUUUCAUUAUCAGUCCAUUUCUCACUUAAGACUUCAAAAAGAACGUCUGUGAUUUUUCUUCAUGAGCGAACUAAUUUCCUCAUAUGUCUCAUGGUUCCAGAAUAAGUCAGUUUUUAACCACAGGCUUAUUAAUUAACAUAUCCUGGAGCUGCCACAAAUGUUCAUUUUAGAUAGAGACCAAAUGGAGCCUGAUUACAGCCCCUUUUCCUUCUCUCUCUCCAUCAAAUGUAAAAACAAAACAAAAGUGCAGGUGAAAAUGUCAUCCUCCACCUUGGUCAUCAU